UUCUCUCAGCCCAUCCAUCCUUCAGGAGUCAGAGCCUUCUCUCUUCAGAACCUGAGCAGUGAUGACGUUUGCUGAGGACGAGACCUAUCAGUAUAUCCGCCACAAUCCCAGCCGUUUUUUCCAUGUUGAUGUUUUCGAGAUUCUGCCUUACUUGUCCUGCCUCACACCAAGUGACCAGGAUCGGCUGCGGGCCAUGUACACAAGCAGAGGAAACCGGGACACUCUCUGGUACCUCUUCGACUGCCUGAAGCGGCGAAGCGGCUGGGUGGAUUCCCUCAUUAAGGCACUGAGGGCCUGUGAGCUGGCUAGUCUCGCUGAAGAAGUGGCCCGUGUCUACAGCAGCAACCUGCCCAGGACUCUGAAUUGCCCCUCAGCCCCACUGGAGCCACUGUCCGUCUCCGCUGAGGUUCCAGGGCCUGCUGCAGCCCCCAGCGCUCCCCAUAACAGCUACAGAGAGGAUAAGCCGAGUUACCCCACGCCUGUCCAGGACACCCAGCCGCCAGAGUCUCAGGAGGAGAGAUCAGAGGAAGCCCUGCAGACACCCAGCUCUGGGGCUGUCCCGAGGAGGCCAGGUGGGCCCCAGGGGCCCUCCUCUGACCUGGCGGCCCUCAGCCCUCCGACCUCCAGCAGGCAUCAGGAGCAGGACACAGACCUGGACAGCACCCACACAGCAGGUGUGGUCUCCAGCCCCCUGUCACCCCGUGGGCCUGUGUCUCCGUCAGUCUCCUUCCAGCCCCUGGCCCGCUCCAUCCCCAGGGCAAGCCGCUUGCCUGGACCCCCAUUGUCAUCUCCGUCCACUGGUACCUCCUCCUCCUCCACACCCACUGGCUUGGCUUCUGCAGGAGGUGCUGGUGACCAGGCCAAGGUUACCAUCUGCUCCAGUGAGACAGGGGUGCCCACCAACCCUGUGACCACCAGCACAGCACCCACCAGAGUGCCCACCAACUCAGCACGCACCAGCACAGCACCUUCCAAGUUGCCCAUGAUGCCUGUGAACACAGUGCCAUCCAAAGCGCCUGCCACCUCGACCUUUGCCAGCACAGCACCCUCCAAGUUACCCACCAGUUUGAAGCCCCCUGGUACAAUGCCCUCUAACGUGCUUCCAUCCAGGUUGCCCACCAACUCAGUGCAUGUUGGCACAGUGCCAUCCAAAGCGUCCACUGGCUUGGGGUCUGACCACAGGAUGCCCGCUAGUGUGGUGCCCAAUGAGGUGCCUGCCAACACAGUGCCCACCAGCAAGAGCAGCAGCAGACCAGAGGAGACCCCAGCGGCUCCAGCACCUGCAGGCACUGGAGGCAGCUCUCCUUGGCCAGACAGCAGUUUGGAGACCGUGGGCUCAGAGCAAGAGCUGACCAAGCCAGGGGUGCUAGUAUCCCGGAUAGACAGCCAGCCGUUCUCCGGCUCCUCUGAGGACCUAGCCAUCAGCCGCAGCUACUCCCAGGACGCAGGGCCCAGUAACAUCCCAGAGGAAGACGAGUAUGUGUCCAGGUCCACGGACUCCUUUGAGAUCCAUGUGACUGAGAGCCCCACUGCUGACCUCCUGGAUGGCAACCCUGGAUCACGUGCCGCCCCACAGCCCCCGGUGCAGGAGAUGCCGGCCAUCACGGUGGUCUGGGCUCCAUGGCUCGGGGCAGCUGCGGCUGCGGCACUCAUGGCCACAAUCCUGACCGUGCUGUACCGGCGGCGCCUACUCCAUUGA